UGCUGAGAGAAACAGAGAGGGAAAGAGUGAGACAGAGAGCAGAACAUCUCUUGUCUGCAGUAUGACUAGGAAGUUAAGGAUGUCCCUCUCUAAAUCACUGCGACUUUAAUUGAACUGUUAAGACACUUGCAGAUGUCCAUGUCAAUACAUGCUUGAGACACAGACCAAACAGCACUUCCACUAGAAUUUAGGACAUGCAACUGUCACCCAACUAAGGACGUAGUAUGACAGCAAACGGAGACGGCUAACAAGAGAAGAGGGACAAAAUUGGACAGAAAGGACAUUAGUGGAUUGGUGAUGACUUCUCCAGGGACGACUGCAUUCAACGUGUCUGGCGUGGAAUUUAAAGGAUAAACCAGAGGAGUGAAGGAGACAAGGAACGUCAGGAACGUUAACACAGUGUCCAGAUAGCUAUCCUCACCAUGAAAUACUUAUUCCUGGCGCUGCUUACUUUCACCCUAUCCGGACCUGACUCGACCUUGCUUGGGUUCGCUCAGGAGUUUGAAAGCCGAGAUGACAUACUUGAAAAAGAGUUCCUAUAUGCCGGUCGAUCCAAACGCUCUGCUGACUCUGCCAGCACGGCCCAAGUGGACAAAUGUUCCUACACCUUCAUUGUGCCUCAGCAGAAGACCACCGGGGCCAUUUGCGUGAACUCUAAAGAGCCAGAAGCCCUGCUGGAGAACCGUGUGAACAAACAGGAACUGGAACUCUUGAACGGAGAGCUUCACAAACAGCGGCGACAGAUCGAGUCGCUCCAACAGCUCGUGGAGGUGGACGGUGGCAUGGUGAACGAAGUCAAGCUCCUUCGCAAGGAGUCACGCAACAUGAACUCUCGAGUGACGCAACUGUACAUGCAGCUGUUACAUGAGAUCAUCCGCAAGAGGGACAAUGCGCUUGAGGUCUCGCAGUUGGAGAACCGCGUACUAAACCACACAUCAGAGAUGCAGCAGCUAACUGCACGCUAUCGGGACUUGGAGCACAAGUACCAACACUUGUCAUCUCUUGCGAGCAACCAGAGUGCCCUUAUAGUACAGCUAGAGGAGCACUGUCGAAGAGGAGGCUUUCUUGGUGGUGGUGGUGGAGGUGUUGGUGGUGGAGGUGGAGGGGUUGUCCGACAGGCACGGCCCUACCAGCCUCCUGCAAUCCCAGCGCAACCACCCCGGCCCCCCCAACAUCGCCAGCCACCUCUACCCCCUGUUCCUCAUGCCCCAGCCAGACCUUUCCACCCCCCAACCUACACCCGCCACAACCAAAUCACCAACGAAAUCCAGAGUGACCAGAAUGCCAAAGCGAUCCCACCAACUUUACCAACCAUGCCUUCUGGGCCCUACAGUUUCUCAACAGAUAAGCCCUCAGGGCCAUUCAAAGACUGCUUGAAGGCUCUGGAGGAAGGGCAUACCAACAGCGGAAUGUAUUUAGUGAAGCCGGAAAAUACCAACAAACUGAUGCAGGUCUGGUGUGACCAGAGACAUGACCCUGGCGGCUGGACCGUCAUCCAAAGACGCAUGGACGGAUCGGUCAACUUCUUCAGGAACUGGGAGACAUAUAAGCAAGGAUUUGGGAACAUCGAUGGUGAAUACUGGCUUGGUUUGGAGAACAUCUACUGGAUGACCAACCAAGACAACUAUAAGCUGCUGGUGACUCUUGAGGACUGGUCAGGCAGGAAGACGUUUGCGGAAUACGCCAGUUUCCGAAUAGAACCAGAGGCGGACUUCUACAAACUGAGGGUGGGCCGUUACAAUGGCAACGCUGGAGAUUCGCUUACCUGGCACAAUGGAAAGCAGUUUACCACCCUGGACAGAGAUCAUGAUGUGUACACAGGAAAUUGUGCCCACUAUCAGAAGGGUGGUUGGUGGUACAACGCUUGCGCCCACUCUAACCUAAACGGCGUAUGGUACCGCGGUGGUCAUUACCGCAGUCGCUACCAGGACGGAGUUUACUGGGCAGAAUUCCGUGGUGGCUCGUAUUCCUUGAAGAAGGUCACGAUGAUGAUCCGACCAAAUCCCAACACUUUCCAUUAGAACAUCAUGCGGAGAAAGAACUCAAGUCGAACAUGACACAACUCACAAACUGUUGUAAAAAGUGCAAUUUCUCAGUCUUAUGAUUGUUAAUGUUUCGUUUAUGGUUGAUUGUUUACUUUGUUUAUCAGUCUUAUGAAUUCAUAUUAUGCAGUCAUACAUAUCUAAAUCCAAAACUAGGAAAGUGCAAUGACUUUUCAUUGGAGGAGACACAACCCGUCAUCAAAAGACAGCUCCCCAUCGAGCAAAUCGAAUCGUAAAUCUUCAGUCGGAAAAACCUGGCAAUGCAGGUUACACAAUAUGGUGACGUGCACAAGAAGCGACAACUGUAUCUUCUGUCACACCAGGAUCUCCGAUGGACGAUAAACAACAGUGUUGUGUGUGAAACAUCAUUACAUAUUAUGAUGGUAAACAUUGAAAAUGGGAAUACAAUGUAAAGUACUGUAAAGUUAUGUGACCUAUGCAAUCUCUAAGGGAUAGUUCACCGAAAAGUGAGAUAUGCAAUGACAGAAUUAAAAAAAAAAAAUAAUAAUAAUAAGUUCGGUGGUGGGGGGUAAACUAUCCCUUUAAAGAGCAUUUACACAGACAGCAGUUUGCAGUGACAAUGCAACCAGGAAUCCUUAAUUCACAGUAAGAAGUACUGAUUUGAGGUUGCAUAUGAUUUGACGCCAAGUAACUCUACAGUGACACAAAGUAGCACGACCAAUGGAUAUUUUAAGCAUAAAAGUUCAAAAGAUUUGGUCAGAUUUCAAUCAUUUCAUUUCACUUCUUAAAUAAAUGUAUAUUGUUUAAAGGAUAUUUACAGGUAGAUAUUUUUUACUGUAAAACAAAUCAAAUGGAAAAAGUAAGAAAUUUUAUUUUAUAGUGUAGCCUCGUUUUUUUAAUUUCAAGUCUAAUCUUGAAGAAACUAACUUUUUGUUUUGUUUCGUUUACAUUAUAACUUCUUAGAGCACAAUCUGAUAUUUAGCAGGGCCCUGCAAAGUGAACUAUACAGGGUGGUUAGAUUCCAAAUUAUAGGGAGAUACUAUUCUGUAUAUGCUCCGUAAAAGUGCAUUGCAAACAACACAGGGAAGAAGUUUACAGUACACCGAUAUAUCACUGCACAGGAAGUGGAUAGGGAAGUGUUCUCAUUCAUUAUUGCAUACCACCUCAGAACUACAUGUCUAUAAGCAUUUGUUUACAUUCUAGGCUAGUGAAUUGGUUGACUGAGCAGGCAUUUAAUCACAAAUGCAAAGCAUUUGCAACAUCAAGUGGAAAACAUGUUUGUCUUGUUUUCUAUUGUCUACAUGACUGGUUUAGUGCAACAGUUGUUAAACAUUAUUAUUUUUUUAUUCGAUUUGUAACAGAGAAAUAAAGAGUGAGAGUGUUUUGUAAUGCAAAGCAUAAAUGUACUGUGUAAUUCCAGAAUCUUCCAAUAAAUUAUGUACAGAUA